CUCAUCACGAAGGUGCAGGGCGUCGGCCCUUACCUCAACCUUUUCGUCGACCGCGCGCGCGUGUUCCGUCUCGUGAUCCGCGCGGUCUCCGCCCAGGGCGACAAGUUCGGGCACACCAAAGCGGCGGGCGGCAAACGCGUCAUCAUCGAGCACACCUCCUCCAACCCCAACGCGCCCCUGCACAUCGGCAACCUCCGCAACGUGAUGAUCGGCGCCCAUCUGGCCAAGAUGCAGGCUGCGUGCGGCUUCGCGGUGAAGCAGGCGUUCUACGUCAACGACCUCGGCGCACAGAUCGGUCUCACCGCGCUCGCUUAUUCCAGGGUCUACGCCAAGAUCCAGCCCUACCUGAAGAUCGACCACUGGAUCGGCGCCAUGUACGCGGUGAUGAACACGUGCCAGGAGCUGCAGCAGGUUGGCGAGUACCUCAAGGGAGCGGAGGGUGACGAGAAGAAAACCAAGGGCAUCACCGAGUACUUCGACAUCUACCAGGAUCUCAGGGAGAGGUUCGAGAAGAUGAUGGUGGUGAUGCUGGAGGACGUCAGGAAGAUUGAGAACAUCAAGGUGGAGGCGGGCAAGCUCAACCUCGCGUACGAGCGCCAGGAGGCGUGGGCCGUGAAGAUCUUCCGCAAGAUGGUGUGCGACUGCCUCACCGGUGUGCAGACUACGCUCUCCACCUACGGCGUGCAGCACGACCAGUUUGACUUCGAGUCCGAGCUCGGCUGGGAGGGCUCUAACAACAAGGUGCUCGAGAUCAUGAAGAACAGCGACUAUUACGUCCCGCAGACGCAGUGCAACGAUAAGGGCGUGCCCCAGGGCGCGUACCUUGACAUGGACGGGUUCAUUCGCGACCAGGGUUUGAAGGUUGGCAAGGGUGGCUACCAGAAGGACUACCCACCGCUGUAUGUGCUCAGGCCCGACGGAUCCACCCUGUACACCUACCGCGACAUCGUGUACUCGUUCAAGAAGGCGUCGCAGUCGGAUCUCAUCCUCAACAUCAUCUGCUCCGAGCAGGAUUUGGCGCAGCAGAAGGUGAGCCUGGGCAUGAUGAUGAUGAACCCGGAGAUGAAGGGCAGGCAGUACCACCUCUCGUACGACCUCGUCAAGCUCACCACGGGCAAGAUGAGCGGUCGCAGGGGCAGGUACCUCCUCGCGGACGACCUCUACGACGACCUCAAGACGGUGAUUCGCGAGAAGAUGUCGAAGAAGUUCAAGGACAAGGGUGAGGACAUCUCCCCGGAGCUCUUCGACGAGGUGACGCACGAGGUGUCCACGGCGGCGAUGAAGUACGCGCUGCUCUCCGUGUCGUGCCAGACCCAGAUCAACUUUGACAUCGCCAAGAUCACCGACUUUGAGGACGCGUCCGCGCCGUUCAUCCUGUACAACUCGACCCGCGUGGCGUCCGUCGUCAGGAAGUUCAACGACAAGGUCGAGAAGGGACAGGUG